CUGGGGAAGCCUUUAUGGGGCCUGAACCCAGCGCCCAGCUGCACCUGGACCAGGUUGCAUUUGGCCAGCAGCUCCUCUGAAACAACCAACCUGGCCCCUUGGGACCAUGACCCCGGCCUGGGCGUUACAGGGGAUCGAUUGGCCCUGGCCUUGGGGUCCUGAUUGGUCCCAGCUGAACAGGGCAAACAGUAAGGUCACCUACAGCCGCAGGCCCCUUCCCCAGCCCCAGUCCACAGCUGCCUCAGACAGGUAGGCAGCAGCUCUUCAGUCCCCAGACCGAGCCCUGAGCAACACCCCAGAGAGAGGAGCGCGGAGCCAUGCAGAGUCUCAGGGCCCUGCUCCUGCUGACCGCCUGCCUGGCAGUGAGUGCCAGCCCUGUGCCCACAUUGCCCGAUGACAUCCAAGUGCAGGAGAACUUCGACUUGCCCAGGAUCUACGGGAAAUGGUUCCACGUGGCUGUGGGCUCCACCUGCCCAUGGCUGAGAAGAUUCAAGGACAAGAUGACCAUGAGCACGCUGGUGCUGGGACAGGGAGCCACCGACAGGGAGAUCAGCAUGACCAGCACUCAUUGGCGGAAAGGUGUCUGUGAGGCAAUCUCUGGGGCUUAUGAGAAAACAGACACUGAUGGAAAGUUCCUCUAUCACAAAUCCAAAUGGAACAUCAGCAUGGAGUCCUACGUGGUCCACACCAACUAUGACGAGUAUGCCAUUUUUCUGACCAAAAAAUUCAGCCGCCGCCAUGGACCCACCAUCACUGCCAAGCUCUAUGGGCGGCAGCCACAGCUUCGGGAAAGCCUGCUGGAGCAGUUCAGGGAGGUUGCCCUGGGUGUAGGCAUCCCUGAGGACGCCAUCGUCACGUUGCCCGACAGAGGUGAGUGUGUCCCUGGGGAGCAGGAGCCAGUGCUCACUCCGCUCUUGAGAGCCCGGCGGGCUGUGCUGCCCCAGGAAGAAGAAGGAUCAGGAGCUGGACAAAUAGUAACUGAUUUCAACAAGAAAGAAGAUUCCUGCCAGCUGGGCUACUCACAAGGUCCUUGCCUGGGGAUGAUCGAGAGGUAUUUCUAUAACGGCUCAUCCAUGGCCUGCGAGACCUUCCACUAUGGCGGCUGCAUGGGGAACGGCAACAACUUCGUCUCGGAGAAGGAGUGUCUGCAGACCUGCCGGACUGUGGAGGCCUGCAACCUCCCCAUAGUCCCUGGCCCCUGCCGAGGCUCCACUCGGCUCUGGGCGUUUGAUGCUGUCAAGGGGAAGUGCGUCCCCUUCAUCUAUGGGGGCUGCAAGGGCAACGGCAACCAGUUCUACUCAGAGAAGGAGUGCAAGGAGUACUGUGGCAUCCCUGGUGAAGGGGACGAGGAGUUGCUGCGCUUCUCCAACUGACCGGCCCAGAGGCCAGAGGUCCACAGGCCAAGGGCAGCAGGGCCAGUGUCUGCCCCGGGGCCCCACAGUAGGUUCCAAUAAUAAAAAUCAAAUUGUAGACUCCUGAAAGUCCACGUCCUGACUGUUCAUCACAAAGUAUAAUGAGAUGGAGGGGGGUGGGGAGGGGUACACGAGCUGGGGAGGGGGCAUGAGGAACCCCAGCUUUCCCCCCAAGUGAAAACUGUACGUGUUGGAAAUGUAAUAGGACCAUCUUCAGGACAUGAAAUUGCCUAUGCAAAUUAUGAAACAUAAAUCACACGUCUAUAUAA